AUCCACUAUAGAUACCGGGAAUGCGGGGACUCCGUCCACCCACCAUCACCCUCCUCCACCCUCCACCAUCACCACCACAGUCACCUGAACUGCCAGUGACAGAUAAUGAGCAAAUACACAAAUCUUCAUAUGAAAACUUUUAAAAAAUGAAACUUUUGCAAUGUCAAUAGAACAUCUUAAAAAGGAAAUUGUUGGAAAAUGAGUGCAUUUUCUCAUAAUUGUCUAGAAAAUAACGCUUGUGUAUUUAUGUUAGGUGUAAUCAUUAGUUUUAUAAAAAUCUUCCAUCUUUCUAUCAAACAAUUUUUAUAUGAUCUCAAUCAACACCCACAUUUGGCGAGAAAAGUAAUUUCUUUUCAAGUUAUUUUAAUUUUCAUCCUGUUAAUGAUAUUCCAUAAUUGUGCUGCAGGCUUUUAUAAUUGCAUCAACUGCUGCAACAGAGGAGGAGAUGCUAAGCUGGUAUCGUGAACAUGUUGUAUGGACUGAUAAAGCUUUAAACAUGAAACUCAUGAGGAAGGGAAUUUUGACCCGCAUUCAUGCUCCAAUGGUGAGUUCAAGUUCAGUGAAAAAUUCGUUGAAGUUCACGAUUUUGGUAUUGCUCCUACUCAAGAAGACUUACAGUCGAGUUCUUCUCUCAUCCACAAUCAAUACGUCCAAAACAUGUGAUGAUAUUAGUGUGAACAUUUUUUGUGGGUCCAACAUCUCUCCUAUCAAUAGACAACGUAAAAAAUUUCUACGUGUUGCGAAAAAAACUUGCCACGAAUUCAUAAUUAUGAGUCUUGUUUGAUUAGCUACUUUGAACCAAUGAAUUGAUGUUUGCAUGAUUGCAUCCUUUGAAACAUUAACUUAUUGACGAGCA